UGUGCUCUCUCCUUCCUCUGCUCUUCUGCCUCUCUCUCUCUCUCUCUCUCGCUCUCUCUCACACAGACACCAUGAUAGCUUCUUCUUCGUCAGCGUGUCGGAGUAAAACGGAGGAAGCCGGCCGGAAAGCCCAACCGCCGACCAAGUGGCGGGCCACAGCGCAGCAACGGGUAUACGGCCGCCGCCUCCUCGACGCCCUCCGCGCCACCGCCGGAGGCGGAGCGCGGGCCGUCAAGGCCGCUGCUGACUCUGCCCUGGCCCUCACCGCCCGCGGCCAGUCCCGCUGGAGUCGGGCCAUCCUCCUUGGCCGCCGCCGCAACCGCAACCGCAACCGCCGCAAGCUCCUCCCAAUCAAAGACAAGAUCCGCAGCGACCGCGGGCGGACGAGGCCGGCGUCGGCGGCGAGUGGGACGGACCGGUUGCGGGUGCUCCGGAGGCUGGUGCCCGGGUGCCGGAAGCUGUCGGCAGCCAGUGUCCUGGAGGAGGCAGCCGACUACGUGGCGGCGCUGGAGAUGCAAGUGAAAGCCAUGAGGGCGCUGGCUGAUGCGUUCUCGGGGGCGGCGAGAGCGGCCGCGGCCGAAGCGCAAAGAGGCGCCUGAUUGGGAAUUUCUUGUACCAUGAUUUGUUAAGCUGUUCAUCUGGAUUUGAUCUCCAAACUUGUAUUAGGAUGAGACGUGUACUGAUAAUAGCAAAGAUGACACCAGGAAACUGAUUGACUCUCCU